AUCGUAAAGGACUUGCAUGCCUUGUUUGUGCCUUCUUCAUGAUGCGCGGAUCGUUCCUGCCAGAUCCGUUGUGUUAGCGGCCGGCAGCAAAAGCCAAUAACAGAGCCAAAGCUCGAUACGGAGGCAUCUUAUAGACAUCACGCCACGCUUUCAAGCAUCAGCACCAACUUGAGACUGUACGCCUAGCCCAAUGCCAUCAACACCCGCAACAUCUCCUUCGCCCUCACAGCAUCCUCCUCCUAUCUGCGAGCAUUGCGGCACUAACACAGGGCUCGAACGCAUCGACGCCAGUAAGCUGAACGACCUCCUGGAAUCAGUCAGAGGCCGACUUUCGCGCGACAUCCAUGGAAACUUCUUCAUCAAAGGUGGCAAAACCGGUCACGACACGCGACCCGGCCAGCUUAGUGAACUCUUCAGUCUAGUCCACCGCCUCGAGGCGUUCAAGACAACAAUGGACAGAUACAGCGCUCUGCACGCUCCCAAGGAGGUCGUCAAGGUGGAGAGACCGAUGGCUCUGACCGAGAAGCAAACCGCCAUGAUCGACGAGCUGAUACAGAAGCGGACCGGAGAUGGCUUUCGUGAUCUGAGGAUCCGCUGUGACCGUCUAGAAUGCGAGACGGCAUCUUCUCAGACGAGGAAGAAGAAGGGCGCCUUAGCAGGAGCAAUGGCGACAAUGAGCUUAGAACCCGAUGGUACGACCUACGCCUCGAGCAGCUCUUUGGUGAAGCUGCAGACGAGAGUGAGAAUCCUGGAGGAGAACCUCAAAGCGGCUCAGGCGAAAGAUGUCAAGCGCGACGAGGAGGCUCACGAGAUGAAGGACGCCCUGCAUAAGCUGCAGAACGCUCAUAUUCGUGUUUCCAAGAAACAGAGCGCUCCGAUUCUGGUCGGCUCGCAUGGACGCGCGAGCCAAUCUGCGCUUGCGACCCUGACCGAAGAUCUGUGGUCUGAAGUUGCUCGUGCGACGCAGGCCGAAGAGGGACUCCAGGCUAAGAUUGUGGACGCAGAGCGCUGGUUCGAUGUCCAGCUUUCCAACAUGCAACUCCUAGCGAAGGCAUGGACGGAGGAGCCUUGGGGUGACGAGUACAACUCGUACCAGUCGUACAAGGAGGGUGACCAGGAGCCGGAAGUCGCAUCCCAUGAGUGGUGAGGGCCGGGAAGCUGCUAAGUAGAAGCAUAUACUACUGCGAACUGAUUGCAAGAUGGGAAAGCUUCGUGGACCUGGCGCAGUCUGUUGACGUGACCCAGAGCGGAGGGCAGAAGCAUUCUCGCGCGAAAGAGCUGGG